CUUGCAGGAGCUGAAGACACUUACACAACUGGGAAUAUUUGAUGCAUUCACUCAAAUAAAUAACAGGCACACACACACACACACACACAGAGAAAAAGAGAGAGAGGUGAGGAGUGCUUUAACACAAUGCUGCGAGCGUCAGCGCAGAAGUACACGGUGAGCAGAGUGCUUUACUCAGAAGAGCACCUAGAAGAGGAACAUGCUAAAGCCUACCGCAAACACAAGGGCCUGCUGGACCACAUCAAACUCUACUUCACUUGUACCUCCGAGCGUGCGAAGAAUGCUGCUCUUUCUUUGCUGCCUGUCAUUGGGUGGAUGAAGAUCUACUCCAUCAAGGAAUGGCUGCUGAAUGACAUAGUGUCUGGUGUCAGCACUGGACUAGUGGCCGUCCUGCAAGGACUAGCCUUCAGUUUGCUGGCAUCUAUCUCUACCUGGUAUGGAUUGUAUGCUGCUUUUUUCCCAGUAAUCCUCUAUUUUUUCCUGGGCACCUCACGGCACAUUUCAGUAGGAGCUUUCCCAGUAUUGAGCCUCAUGGUGGGUGCAGUAGUGACCAGACUGGUGCCCGAUGAGGGUCCGCCUGCCAACAUCACUGCCUUUGAGGGCCUGACAAAAGAAGAGCAGAGGAUCUUAGUGUCUGCCUCCCUCACUUUCCUAGUUGGUUUAUUCCAGCUAGGUAUGGGUCUUCUACAGGUGGGCUUCAUCGUCAUGUACCUGUCGGAACCGUAUAUAUCAGGAUUCACCACUGCAGCUGCUGUUCACAUCCUGGUUUCUCAGCUCAAGUUUGUUUUAGGGCUGACCGUGCCGGGUUUUAGCGGACCACUAUCUAUUAUUUAUACUCUAGAGAGCGUAUUUACCCAGAUCACCUCUACAAACAUCCAUGAUCUGGUCACCUCUAUUGUGGUGAUGGUGGCGGUGCUGGCCGUGAAGGAGAUCAAUGAUAGGUUUAAGUCAAAAUUACCAGUGCCCAUCCCCAUAGAAGUGAUUAUGACAAUCAUAGCGUGUGGCGUCUCCUAUGCAUUCAACUUCAGAGAUGAUCACGGAGUGGAUGUGGUGGGAAAAAUACCAAACACGUUUGAGUCCCCAAUUGCUCCCAACCUGCAGGUUUUCCAGAUGGCCGCAGUUGAUGCAUUCCCAAUCGCUAUUGUGGGAUUUGCCGUGGCUUUCGCAGUGGCUAAAGUCUAUUCUGUGAAGCACGACUACAUUAUAGAUGGAAAUCAAGAGCUCAUUGCCUUUGGAGCCAGCAACAUCUUUGGAGGAUCGUUCAAGGCUCUGGCAGCAAGUACAGCUCUGUCCAGAAGCGCAGUUCAGGAAAGCACCGGAGGAAAAACACAGAUAGCUGGUUUACUCUCUGCCAUUAUCGUGUUGGUGGUCAUUUUGGGAAUUGGAUUUUUGUUGGAACCUCUGCCAAAGUCUGUUCUGGGUGCAGUGGUGAUUGUGAACCUGAAGGGGAUGUUGAUGCAGGUGGUUACAGUUCCUUACCUGUGGAAGAAAGACCGUCCUGACUGCAUUGUUUGGGUAGGGACGUGUUUGGCUGCUAUAAUCCUGGGGCUGGACAUUGGCCUGGCUGUUGGUCUUGGACUGGAGUUUCUCACUGUGGUCUUCAGGGCUCAGUUUCCACGUUGCUGUGUCCUGGCUAAUAUCCCGGGGACAGAUAUCUACAGAGAUCGUAAACAUUACAUCAAUAUCCAUGAGCCAGAGGGAGUGAAGAUUUUCAGAAUCCCAUCUCCCAUUUUCUUCGCAAAUAUCGAAUUCUUUAGAGACAAACUGAAGGACGCUGUGGGCUUUAAUCCCCUGAGAAUCCUGAGGAAGAGAAACAAGGCUGUGAAGAAGAUUAAGAAAAUGUUAAAGAAAGGAGAGCUGACCUUAACCUCAAACGGACUACAGACCACAUGUUUAAUGCCCAUUGAAGAGUCAGAGUAUGACAGCAACGCAGAUGAUCUUGACCAGCCCACGGAUUAUUCAGAUCUUCCCAUUCAGAUAAACUGGAACUCAGAACUGCCUGCCAACAUCUCUGUCCCUCCGGUCAACAUCCACAGUUUAAUCCUGGAUUUCUCUGCCGUCUCAUUCAUCGACAUAUCUGCAAUCAAGGGUCUGAAAGCGGCCAUAAAGGAAUUUAUACGCAUUGAUGUUGAUGUUUACAUAGUAGGCUGUGACCCGGGCAUCAUGGAGAAACUGAAGAACUGUAAGUUUUUUGAUGAUGAAAUCAAGUCGUCUAUCUUCUUUCUGACCAUCCACGAUGCAGUGCUGUACAUUCAAGAGUCCCAUCCACCAAGGACUGUAAGCGAGAAGGUCUCAGAAAGUCAUCAGUAUCAACACCUUAAUGGCAGCAGUGUGUCCAAUGGAUUGGCACUCCAAGAAAUAGCAGACAUGAAAAUAGAAGAGGAAACAGACCCCAAACCAGAGACAAGGUUCUGAAAUGAAAGCAUCAUGUAGAAUUUUGAACCCAAUGUACAGUAUAUAAGAAUGAACUAGCAGUGAUGAUUUAGCACAUAGCAGUUUUGUAUUCUGUAAACUGUGCUGCAUGCCAAAUGAGAUAGAUUGUCAAUGUGUCAUGUCACUAAUUUAUUGAUUUGUGGUAAACUCUUAUCUGUUUGCCGUCAGUGCCUUUUGUACAUGUACAUUUUCCUUUUUGAAUAGUAUGUAUUUUUAUGUGGACUAUUUUUAUUCUGAAAUAGAGAGAGACUGUUUUCCAAAA